CCUCCUCCCCCCCUCCCCUCGCAAAUAGUCCCGCGGGCCGCCCCCUCCCUCCGCCCGCGCCCCUCCUGCCGCCGCCUCGCGCACACAAUGGCGCUGAAGAGAAUCCACAAGGAGUUGAACGACCUGGCACGUGAUCCUCCAGCACAGUGUUCAGCAGGGCCUGUCGGGGAUGACAUGUUCCAUUGGCAAGCUACAAUAAUGGGACCAAACGACAGUCCCUAUCAAGGUGGAGUAUUUUUCUUGACAAUUCACUUCCCAACAGAUUAUCCCUUCAAACCACCUAAGGUUGCAUUUACAACAAGAAUCUAUCAUCCAAAUAUUAACAGUAAUGGCAGCAUUUGUCUUGAUAUUCUACGAUCACAGUGGUCCCCAGCACUAACUAUUUCAAAAGUACUUUUGUCCAUCUGUUCUCUGUUGUGUGAUCCCAAUCCAGAUGAUCCUUUAGUGCCUGAGAUUGCACGGAUCUACAAAACAGAUAGAGAAAAGUACAACAGAAUAGCUCGGGAAUGGACUCAGAAGUAUGCGAUGUAAUUAAAGAAAUUAUUGGAUAACCUCUACAAAUAAAGAUAGGGGAACUCUGAAAGAGAAAGUCCUUUUGAUUUCCAUUUGACUGCUUUCUAUGAGCCCACGCCUCAUCUUCCCCUGUGCACAUGUUUACCUGAUACAGCAGUGCUGCGUGUUGUACAUACUUGGAACAACAAACUAGAAAUACUGUAUUUCCCCGUACCAACAUUGACUCCUAGCAGAGAAGUGUGUGUGUGAAAAGCUGGUUCUUCAGUCAUAACUUUGUGAGCCUAAAAGCAUUCCUUGAUGAGUUAAAUUGGGAAAUCGAAUGGGAAUGGGGAGAGUUCUGGUGGGUUUCAGAUUUUUUAGGGACAGUGUUGCUGAUCCAUGAAGGAUUUUAAGUGGAAUCCUUUUAAACUCAUAACAGUUAUGAAAAGCAAGGUGAAGAACUUGAAGCUGUUUCUGUAUUCAUUUUAUUCUGAAGGACCUACACCUUAGGUAAAUGUUAUGACCAAUGAGAAACUGUACCCACAUCCUGUGUUUAAGGUCUAAGUUUAACCGGUCAUCAUUUAAAUGGAUUGGAGCUAUUAGUGCAUCAAGUGAUGUUGAUUUGUUUCAACUCUCUCCCUCCCUUCAUACUUUUUUUGGUUUGUAUGUGGUUUCUCAGUUAAUACCUAGCUAAUAGCUCUUAUUUUUUCUUAAGUUUUUUAACUGCUUAGGUCUUUCUGGAUGUAAGGGUAAAAAAAAAAAAAAAAUAUCCAUAUGACAGAAAACUUGUGUGUAUUUAAAGACCCAACUGCUCCCCUGGAGCUUGUACGUUCAAGAAUUAAUUAAUCUGUGUAAUAAACUGAUUACUACAGUCAUUACAUAUAACUUUGUGUGAAUAGGCUUUUAAUUUUCAGGGCAGUUUGUUACAGGCUUAAACUAACGGUGGAUUUCUCUAAAAAAAACCUUUUGGGCUGAAGUUGUGAAGCAGUUUGGUUUGCAUCACACAAGGCACCUGAAGAGGCAAACAGGAGCUUGAGCACUUAGAUGAAAUCAGGAUGUGUAGUGUGCCAGGAACUUGACUGUUAAACCAAAUAAGCAGUUUACUAAAUGAGAAUCAGAGUGACAUUUUACAAAGCCUGAUGGUAUUACUCCCACUUGCAUGGGACCUAACACAAUGCAUAUGUACUGUAGGUAAGUGAAACCUUAUGUAACUAAAAAAAUGGAUGUAAAAGGGUAAAAAAAAGAAAAAAACCUACCAAACACAUCAGCACAAACUUUCAUAAAAUGUAGCUUUUACAUAAUUACUUUGCACUAAACAUUUGCAAAUGUUCAUACAGUUUUAAAUUGUACUUGUAUAUGUCUUUUUUUUUUUUUUUUUUUUUUUUUUUUUUUUUUUUUUUUUUUGGAACAAAGUCUUCACUUGAAUCUAGUGAAAAAAUGUAGUUUGAAACUUUUCUUUGUAUACAAGUGUAUUUGCCAGCAUCGUUGGUGUGACAGUAGGUGAGUCUGCAAGUUUAUCUCCUCUUAGUAGAAUUGUAACCCAAGCCAUCGGGCAGGAGAGGCUGGAGCCGCUGGCUCUCCGGCCACAGGGUCUGUCCCAGCCAUUCCCAAAUGCAUCUUGACACUCUUGCACAAACGAGGAAUAAAUGUCCACUGCUUUUGGUCUAAA